AUGGACUUCAAUCUUGUUUCCACAUCUGCUGAAAUGUCGGUUGGAGACGCUUUUGCACAAAACGAGGUCGAGCACCAGGAAGGAUUGACUCUGGUAAGAAGAUUUACAGGUGAACUGAAAGGCGAUACAACGCUCGAGCGCGCUACUACCGGUGCGCAACAAGAGCAAGAUGCCAUCGCAGAAGCGCGCAUGGAAGCACGAAUGCGGGCUUUGCUUCAGGAUGAGAAUCCAAGCAAUGCUCUUUUUCACGAGGCUGAGACCGCCAGGCUUUUGUUGUUGAAGACACGCCAGAUGUUUGAAACACCAGAACAACCGUCGACAUUAGCGAAGAUAGGUCUGACUCGAAAGACGGCUCGAAUGACGGCGAACGAAGCCCUAGAGAGCAGAAACGUCUACGGUUUUACUCAACUAAGUGAUUAUGUGAACGGUCUUGAAAGUGCAUGGAAGAGCAAACAGUCGAAUUCUGCUCAGCGAUUUCGGAGACUCUGUGGCGGACUCGAUGCCCACAAGAAUGCAUUUGCGAUCUUUCCAUCCCAGAACGACUACACAUCUGCAUUAUGUGGUAGUCUUAAAUUCAUCAUUGCUGCUGCCGUCAAUCACGAUGAAAUCGCCGAUACCAUCUCGGAGACUGUGACUGCGAUUACUGAGAAAGCAGCACGCGCCGCCAAGAUCUUACUGGUCUUGUACACGCGUGAGAUACGGAUGUUGUUCUCAGAACUCUACGCGCGCGUGUUCAACUUUUAUCGCGACGCCAUAGAAUGGUAUAUGAAAAGCAGAACCUCACGUUUCUUUGCUAGCUUCAAUGAGAAGAUGAAGGAUCGAUACGUAAAGGCCGCAAAAGAGAUUGAGGAUACCGUUGCUGAGAUGUAUCGGUUACAGAACAUUGCUCAAUUUGCUAUGCAAAAGAUCAUGCAUACUGAACAAGAGCGGCACAAUGAGAUUAUGCGACAAAGACAUCAAAGUCCCGAUGCAUCUGACCUGAUAUUCGCAGGGGGAAGAGCACAGCAGUUGCUGUUGAGCUUGCAUAAGAGUAUGUGCAUCCAAGCCUCUGCUGUCCAAUCUGUACCAAAUUCUGGGCGUGGCGAGUUCCCGGCUCUUUUCAAUGGAAACACAAAGGCACCCGAUCUGAUCAAUCGCGUAACUGCAGGGAAGCUGGCUGCCGAUCUGCAGCACUAUGUUGUCGGGACUGAAGGUCACUCUCUCUUCAAUGACGGUAGCUUUUGGCUUCCAGAGAUCGACGUAGCCUCGAAACUCCAGGAUUGGAUAGGGAACGAAGCAAGCUCUCCUACGUUAUGGAUUACGACCUUGGAGUUUUCACCGCCUGAUAUACCAGGCUCACGGGCAGCUGCUUUGAAUGCACUGGUCGCAGCAUGGACAGCAGAGCUCCCAAUCAUAUCGCAUUUCUGUGAGCGACCUCGGUUUGCGACACUUGAAAGAGAUCGCGACGUCGAGAAAGUCGGUCUGCUUGGAAUGGUGUACAGUCUGAUCGCUCAGCUUUUGCAAUUCGAGUUCGAAGACGACGCGUUCGGAGUUGUUCAGUCGCGGGUAGAAAAGCUCGACGGGUCAGAUGAAAGUUGGCCGACUGCUCUUGAGAUGCUCUCGGCUCUCUUGCAAGCGACUCCGCAUCUCGGAACAUGCGUUAUAGAUGGUCUAAACGAUCUGACGUUCGCAGCGGGCGCAAGUUGGUGCAAUGACUUUCUUCAGAUCCUCUUCAGGCACCAGGGGUCUUUCGCAGGCCGCUUUCGGAUCCUGCUUACUACCGCCGGUCAGUCUCGAGUGGUGCAAGACCAUGUGAGCAUCACCGAUCGUGUGUUCACUCAGACCGGAACGCGGGAGGUCAUUCGCAACGGGCAGUGGUAUGACAGAUUGGAAAGCUGA